AUGGGUGACGGAAAGCGAAUUGCUCUUCUUCAUUNUAAUGCAAAGAUUGUCCUUAAUUCUUUUGAAAAAUCUAAAUCUAAAGGAGCAUCCAGAACUACUGAACUGCAUGUGCCUGCCAAGGGAGGUCAUCAACAGCUCCCUGUUGUGCAGCAUAAUAGUCAAUCUCUUCGAGGUGGACAAGUCAAGUCUGAUUCUCCAAAGGCCUCUCAUGGGAAAUUCCUGGUUCUCAAACCAGUAUGGGAAAAUGGUGUGUUAAAAGACAGCUCAAAUCCUAUUAGUAAUGUCAACAGUAGAGCUCCAAAUUGCCAGCCUUCUGUUGCCUCUUCAGCAACACCGAAGACUUCAAGGAACAACCUGAAUCCUCCAUCCUCUUUGGAGAGGAAGGUGGCGGCUUUAGAUCUGAAAUCAGCAUCCACUUUGGAAAAGAGACCCCCUUCUCAAUCGCAAAGCAGGAAUGAUUUCUUUAAUCUCAUAAAGAAGAAAACUUCCGUAAAUGGUUCCACUAGGCUCCAAGAUUCAGGUAUUUGCACAUCCCCUGUCAAGGAAAAGUCAGGGAUAGUUAACGAGGAAGCAGGUGGUUCUCCAGUGCAGCCUCCUACUGUUACAGAUGAGUUGAUUAGCAAUGGCAAUAUCACCGAAGAGGAUCAGAGGUUUUCCAAGACCGUGAAUAAAAGCUUGAGUCCUAGCAUAGCAUUAUGUACAGAUGAGGAAGAGGCUGCAUUUCUUCGUUCUCUUGGAUGGGAAGAAAAUUCAGGAGAUGAUGAAGCGCUUACAGAAGAGGAGAUUAAUGCUUUUUAUGAGCAGCAUUCCUUGGCUAUCAUUGUUUGA